AGUGGAGACGGCGCGUUAUUUCAAGUGCGCGUCACAUUAGUCCACGUAUACUGUUUCGUUCUGUUGUGGGACAAAAUGGUUUCUGUACCACCAACGAAACACGAAAUAGUUACAAUUUUGAACAAACUGAAGUCUUUGCCGUGCAACAAGCAAUGCUUCGACUGUGGUGCCACAAAUCCAACAUGGGCCAGUGUUACCUACGGUGUUUUUCUUUGUAUUGACUGUUCAGCAGUCCACCGUUCACUUGGAGUCCAUCUGAGUUUCAUUCGAUCGACGCAGCUAGAUACUAACUGGACUUGGGUUCAGUUACGCGCAAUGCAAGUUGGUGGCAACCAAAAUGCGCUUACGUUCUUCUCUCAAAAUAAUUGUCGUUCCUUGGAUGCGCAGGAAAAAUACCAAAGUCGUGCUUCCCAGUUGUACCGUUCUAAGCUGGAAAAGCUUGCUAUUGACGCUGUUAAAACUCAUGGUAACAAGUUGGUCCUGGAACUCGAUGAAGGGAAAUCUAAACGUGGGCAGGUGACUGACUUUUUUGAGGAGCAUACUGAAAGCGGUACAACUGACAUCAGAAAGGAAGGACCUGUGACAUUAAUAACAAAAAUGACACUGGAACAGUCAGUUGGGCCUACUGUUGAUAAUCUAUUCAAUUCUCCUGUAUCCGAACCUGGUCCCACAAAAAUACCUUCUGUAAUUGGAACUAGAAAACCGAAUACUACACGGUCUAGUGCUAAAAAAGGCGGAUUAGGGGCAUCAAAGGUGAAAGCUGAUUUUUCUGCCAUCGUUUCGGCUGCCGAACAUGCUGAUGUUGAAAUGAAGGGUCAGAUUCUCUCAACUAACCAGGACUUAGAAGAUAAUGAGAAACGUAAUGAAGAACGACUUGCGUCGCUUCGGUUAGCGUAUAAAGAUAUUACCGAUGAAUGUGAAAGGCAAGACACUGCCAACUUGAAGUCUACAGACCCUCAACGUGCCAAACAAGCUGAACGCCUUGGUAUGGGUAAAAUAGGUACAAGCAACAGAGAAAUAUCGCACUCAGCAUUUGCAAAUGUUCAAAAAAUAGAGCAAGAAAACUCGGCUCCCACCCACACUUCAUCGCUAAGUUCAAAUUUGGACCCUUUUUUCACUUCGAGUUACAGUAAUAGAGACCGUGAUACACGCAAUUUUUUUGAUUCUGGAGACGAUAAUUUAUUCGGAGGCUCUGCGACUUAUGGUAUGAAUGGCGGAUGGUCAAAAAAUAAAUCAAGAGACAAUGACUGGGAUGAACAUUUUUCAAAUCCUUUUAAUCAAAAACCAAGCAGAACACGUGAUUUGUCUACUGUCGCUGAUGAACUUCCAACUAAAUCACCCGGCAAACAGCCUACAUCUCUCUCGUCUACACAAUCAGAAACUAAUCCAGAUCUAAGUGAACUAAUGAAGAAGUUUGCCAACGCGACUUCUAUAUCAUCGGAUGCGUUUUUUGACCGAAAUGAUUCUGAAUCUGAUGGGCUCUCAAGAUUUCAAGGGAGUUCAUCCAUUUCGAGUGAUGAUUAUUUUGGUCGUCCUAAAGUGCGACAAUCUCAAGUAUCUAAUGAAUUACAAAAUAUCAAAGAUGGCGUCAAACAAAGUGUAACUAAAGUUGCUGGACGGUUGUCAAAUCUGGCAACUGACGUAGUACACACUCUUCAAGUAAGUUCACUAAAUAAAUACUGAGUAUGAGAUGUGUUUUGACCAAUUUUUGAGAAGUACGAUCAAUUGAGUGCUCUUCAAAAUACUAAACACAUUGUUCACCAACUAUUUUGAUGGCAAAAAUUAUACGCUAAGACUGGACCAUGUAAAAUACUUUCCAAUUGUUUCUUAGUAUUACUCGCCGUUACAAGUAACUUGAUCAGAAUAGUUGAUCGCUAAUUAGUGAUCCUUUCCGUCUUAUAGUUUUAAACGAACUGUUUGGUUGUUCGAUGGUAAUUUUACUGAGAUGUUUAAUGAAAGUUACUAGUUCUGUUCUACUGCUAAAGAAUGCAAUAAUUUUACAUAUUAUAUAUCAGUCUGUUUAUUUAUUCAACACAUAGUUUACUGAUAAAGAAAUACGCCUACAAAUAUUUGUAUUUUCAUUGAAAUAUGUCUAUUCAGUAAGUAAAAUCAAUAAAAAUACGGAUACUUUUGAAUUGUUUCCCCCAGGAAGUACUAUCUACACGAGUUAUUAAUCUCAGUAACAGUUGUUUGUACUCUCCUGUUGGCUCUAUAUUUGUUGCCUAAGGACUAAUGAUACUAUAUGAUUAUUCAGGCUCGUCGCUUUAAAUCACAUCCAGAACUGUUGUAAAAAGUAGUGAACUGAUACGUGCAAAUAUUUAUCGAAUUGAGACCAAAAUGCGACAUGUUUACUAAAAUUGACAUUUCAAAAAAAAACAGGCAACCUAAAUCAAUAAAGCAAGAAUUAUUAGUGACAAUGGUUUUAGUUAGCCAGUACGUACUAAAUUAUUUUAGCGAUAAGAGACAUUGUCAUAUGAUUUCAUUGUAAACUUUUCGAGAAGUCUAACCAACGAAAUGAUAAUAGUCCGAAAGGCUUACAAAUAAGUGGUCAAAGUUUGGUGAUUAAAUUGAAUAGUAAUCGAAGUAACAGCCUGACAAGGUAAACUAUACAGUAAGACAUAGUUGUUACGUCGCUCACUAACAGCCCUCAAAUUACCAUGGAUUUCGAAAGUAGAAGUGUGCUAGUACUUUACUUUCUUGGUCAUUUCAUGAAAUUGUCUAGCACUUAAAAGGAUGCCAGCCAAACAAAUAUUUCAAUGUUGGCUACUGUCUGUGAUGCAAUCGUUCAAGUCGAUAUCCACCCGUUUUGAGAGCGAGUUAGCUGUUAUUUCUCCCGGUUAGCUUCUGACUUCGUAGUUUGACGUAAAAGUCCCUUUCAUUGGUCAUUCUAUUUUUGGUAGGUGAAGCACUUUUUGAAGCAGUAAUCCACUUUCAGUCAGAUUACCAAACCAUUGCUUCCCAAUUGAUGCCGAGUGUUUGUUUUUAUCGUUUCUCUCAUACAAGCACAUGUUUUAUCAUCGCUUAAAAUUUGUAUAUUCACAUUUGGGUGCAUUUUUUUCAGGAUCGAUUUGGUUAGCUGCUUCCAGAUUUUUAAUGCUUCCGGUCAGUUUGUGGUCCUUUCAGUUAAUAUUCUGAUUUAGUCGCCAAACUUCUCUUCGUUUUCGGUCACAAUCAAGGGUUAGGACAUUCCUUUUUUUCCGGUUAUCUAUUCUUGAAGCUUUUGUUUUUUUAUGUUUUAUUCAUCUCUCCAGAGAUAAUAUGUUAGCUAACCCUGGUUAACUGUCAAAGCCGUUUUAUUUAGUUGAUGAUCUAAAUUGAAGUUUUGUAGAUCUUAGUUUUUGUUUGUAAACACCAAGUAUAUAAUAUUUUCUC